AUGAGAACCAACGCCGUUGCCGCCAUGCUGGCCGUGGCCAUGGCGGGCACCGCACACAGCGCCUCGCCCGGCCGGCAGGUCCAGCGCAUUACCUACGCGAAUGUCGGCGCAUCGGGGCAGUACAACGAGGUGGUCAGCAUGGACCAGGAGACAGGGGAGUGCAGGUUUGCGCCUAGGAAUAUCUCGGGCCCCUUGGCGCCGUUCAACGAGCCGUUAUCCCUCCACUUCCGCGGACCGCUCAACCUGAAGCAGGUGGCCGUGUACUUGCUCGACAGUACUACUAGUACUAGUAGUGGCCAUAAGCAGCAGCAACAGGACAAGCGGGACUAUUCCGGGGGGGUGUACGUGUCGUGGCCCAACAGUUCUGCCAUCGCCAUGCCCCUGACUAUGACUAUGACUACUACGACACGGGCGGUCGCGCCGGAUGAUGCCAACCGGGCCCGGGAUCGCCAAUCCCACGAGUGUCAGAUCAUGCAGCAAGCACAAGAGCUCGGGGUUGAAUGGUACCGGGAUUGUAGUGGCGGCGACGGUGACGUCUACGCCGUCGAUGACGACGGUGAUCUUGUUGAGCUCCAGCUCUGCGCCGAGUUCUCUCCGACAACCGCUCUGAGUUCUGGUUCUGUGAUCACCGGCUCGUCAAGCAGUUCAAGAAGUUUAAGCAGUUCAGGCAGCACGACGUUCCAGCCGUCAACACCCACCCCUUCUUCCAGUUCCAGCUUCCUGGGAACCACGGACACGCUGCUCACCACGACUGCAGCGACCAUUCCCACUUCGACCUCGAGAUCCCAUUCCGUCAUUCCCAUCAGCGCCCCAAGCACCGACCCAGCCUCCAACCUGGCUGGCAGCACUACCUCAGCAACGGACACACCGGGCAAGUUCGUGCGCACGGGCUACUACAACGCUGCGCAGCAGAAGGCCGAGGGGGUGAUGUUCCUGGGCAACUACGGCGGUCAGGGGUCUGGCAAGUUCACAUAUGCAUUCGGCAACACCCUCUCCUACGUCAACGCAGACGGCACCGGCGGCGCCUCUUCGCCGACCAUCCUCAAGGACACAACCCUCGCUUCCUCGCAUGAAGUCACGCUGCUCACCAACGAGACGUGCGACGCCUCCUGCGGCUAUGUCCAGCCCGGUUCCGUGGCGUAUAAAGGAUUCCCCGGCCCCUCGCGUAUCUUCCUCCUCGAAUUCUCCAUGCCCCACCACCUCACCACCACCCCUUUCCCUUCCCCAUUCCCGUCCCCUUCCGCUAUCCCCAACCCACAAGAAGACGUCCCCGCCAUCUGGCUCCUCAACGCCCGCAUCCCCCACACAGCCCAAUACCACCGCUGCAACUGCUGGGCAUCCGGGUGCGGCGAGAUCGACGUCUUUGAGGUCCUUACUACUAGUCUUGGUGACAUCAGGGACAACUUGGACAAGGCCAAGUCGACCGUGCAUCAUAAUAACCGGGGUGGUGGUGCUGCACAAACGAAUAACAAUAGGGAGGAGGAUAGCGAUCCCAAUUAUUUUGCGAGGCCCGUGGACGUCGAUCGGCCGGUCAGGGUGGCGGUCGUGUUGGAUGCCCUGCGGGAGGAGUGGGUAUCUUGGAGCACCGCCGAGGAAAUGACCUGGUUUUUGGAGUGA